CGCCCCAAGCACUGGGAGAUCACCUCCGCCGUCACCUCCUCCUCCCCUCAUCCAGGUCCACCCGAGGCUCCCUCCCCCAAGCCGCCCCCGAACACGAAGUUGGCGGGAGCCUAUAAAAGCCGGUGACGGCGCGACCCGCGGACACACGGUGCAGGCGCCCGAGCCGCCGCCGCGAGAACGGCACCGACUCCUGACCUGCCUCGACCAGCGGCGCGACCAUGGCCCAUCACUGGGGAUACGGCAAGCACAACGGACCGGAGAACUGGCAUAAGGACUUCCCCAUUGCCAAGGGAGAGCGCCAGUCCCCUGUUGACAUUGACACCAAAGCAGCCCUUCAUGACCCUGCCCUGAAGUCUUUGUGUCCUUCCUACGAGCAAGCGGUUUCUCGGAGGAUCCUCAACAACGGUCACUCUUUCAACGUGGAAUUUGAUGACUCACAGGACAAAGCAGUGCUGAAAGGAGGACCCCUCACUGGCACUUACAGAUUGAUUCAGUUUCACUUUCACUGGGGUUCAUCUGAUGGGCAAGGUUCUGAGCAUACUGUGGAUAAAAAGAAAUAUGCUGCAGAGCUUCACUUGGUUCAUUGGAACACCAAAUAUGGGGAGUUUGGAAAAGCUGUGCAGCAACCUGAUGGACUCGCUGUUUUAGGUAUUUUUCUGAAGAUUGGUGAUGCCAGACCAGGCCUACAAAAAGUCCUUGAUGCAGUGGGUUCUAUAAAAACAAAGGGUAAGAGUGCUGACUUCACUAACUUUGACCCUUGUGGCCUCCUUCCCGAAAGUUUGGACUACUGGACCUACCCAGGCUCACUGACCACUCCUCCCCUUCUGGAAUGUGUGACCUGGAUUGUGCUCAAGGAGCCCAUCAGCGUUAGCAGUGAGCAGAUGCUGAAAUUCCGUAGGCUUAAUUUCAAUAAGGAGGGCGAGCCUGAGGAACUGAUGGUGGACAAUUGGCGCCCGACUCAGCCACUGCACAACAGACAGAUUAAAGCAUCCUUCAAAUAAGAUGGCCCCAGAGCCCACAGCCAAAGAGUGGAUCUUUGGGCUUCCCCUUAGCUAAGCACAAAUCUACCUUGGUAAAUUGGACCUUGGCUGCUUUGCAUCUGGUUUUCUAGAUCCUUUAUCUCUCACCUGUUGUGCUUAUUAGUAAAAUGUGAAGAACUUGACCAGUUGUCGUGCUUGACCGAAUUGCUGUGACUAGAGCUUUGCUUAUGGUAAUAGCCUUUCUGUACUAGAGAAUAUAAUAUAAGGAGUAGGUGAAAAAAACAUCUUGACUUUGUUCGUAGCACAUGGGGUGAUGAGCAUUGACAGUUGUUCACAAAAAUGCUAACUUUAAAACAUAGGAAAGUAGGAUGAUUGAGUGCAAAUCCAUACCAUGAGAUAAAUUGAGCUCUGUAAUGUAAAUCAGGUGAAAUAGUCAUGAUUCUAUGUAAUGUAAAUCAGAUGAAAUAAAUGUUCAUGAUUCUGAGAUGUUAUAUUAAAGAAAAAAAUUUUAAAUUCUUAUAUAUUUGUAGCAAUGUUAUCUUGAAAAUGAAUUAUGUUGUAAUUUAGUGUCUUUUGAAUUACAGAGAUGUAUAUGAAGUAUUAUCUGUAAAAAUUGUUAUAGUUGUGAUACAGAGUAUAUUUCCAUUCCAAUAAUAUAACUUAAUAAAUAUUGUAUUUUAGAUAUAUUCUUUAAUAAAAUUUAGACUUCUA